UCGGAGCUCCAUUCAAAAAGAUUGCCUGCAACACAAAGGAACACGUCUCUUCACUCAGAACAUGCAUCUACCGGUUCAAACCGCUGCAAAAGUAUGGUACACCAUCAUUGCUUUUAUGGGAGUUCCUGUGAACUUGGUGGCGAUUGUGAUCCUAUCCCGGGGCAAGUGUGGGCUCUCCACGUGCACCACUCUGUAUCUGGUGGCCAUGGCUGCGGCAGAUCUAUUGACCAUUAUCGCUCAGGUCAUACUGCGGCGGAUCAAUAUUUACUAUUUCCCCUGGAACUUCCUGCGCAUGACUCCUGUAUGCAAAGUCCUGUAUGUCCUCAGGCACGCAGCCAGGGGCUGUUCUGUCUGGUUCACUGUUACUUUCACCUUUGAUCGAUAUGUGGCCAUUUGUUGCCAGAAGCUAAAAAAUAAAUACUGCACCGGGAAAUCUGCAGCGGUGGUUCUGACAGUCACUGGCACUCUGGUCUGUUUCAAAAACAUUCCCAAGUACUUUAUACUGAAACCCUGGGUAAUCAUUGAUGGUAUUUCUUGGCUGUGUAUUUUUAAAUCAGGGUAUUUCACUGAACCAGGAUGGGUGGGAUUUGACUGGUUUGAUGCAGUUUCAACCCCAUUGCUUCCAUUUGGAUUAAUCUUGUUGUUCAAUGUUCUGACGGUCAAACAUAUUUUGGUGGCCAGUCGCGUACGUAAGGGACUAAGAGGUCAAAACAAGGGGGAGAAAAGCAGUGACCCUGAGAUGGAGAGCCGCAGGAGGUCUAUCAUUUUACUCUUCACACUCUCCAGCAGCUUCAUCCUCUUGUGGCUCCUGUAUGUUAUAGAUUCCUUCUUUUAUUCCAUUGCGGGGAUAGCUACCAGUGAUUACAACGAUGCUCAAUACAUCUUUCGUUAUGUUGGAGUUAUGUUUCUGCAUUUAAGUUGCUGCACAAACACAUUUAUCUACGCUGUGACUCAGUCCAAGUUCAGAGAGCAGAUUAAGAUAAUGACUAUACUCCAGACUAUCAACACCACCACCGAUGUUCAUGUUACUUGCAAACUUAUUGAUCAAACCACCGCCAUUCACAUCCAGAUCCUGAAUGGACAUGACAAACAGUAA